AUGCUACUGCUCAAGCCUUCCCGUUUCCUUAUUCCUCCUCUUACGCUUUUUCACCCUUAUCAUCCCGUUUCAGCUUCACAUUUUCCCCCCUGUUUUCAACCCCCCAAUUCUCGGCCCUCCCCCACUUGCUUCAAUAGUCGCUUGUCUUUUAGUUUCAACUCACAGGUGAACGCAGAGCGUCAUUCCUGCACUGUCAACAGGCCCAUGUCCAAGCAAGCGGCCCAUUCCAGUUUAUCGGCUUCCACUUGGGGCCCUCUCUCUUCCUUCAGACUGGCAUGCUUCAAUGUUCGCACAUUGCUUCAGAUCGGUCAACAGGCAGCACUUUCCCGAACAUUAGAGACCCUCUCGAUCGAUAUCUGCUGCUUAUCGGAGACCCGUCUGCAAGACUCGAGCUCUGUACUCAAUCUGCGAUCCCCUUCAGAUGACACUAGCAGCACUUUCUCAUUGCGCCCAUCCGGUGACGAUGCAGCUUCGAGCACCGGCCAAGUCGGUGUUGGUAUUGCCCUGAGUCCCCGGGCUGAAGCUGCUCUGGUUGAUUGGAUUCCAAUCCGUCGCCAGAUGUGUGCGGUCCGAUUGGCUGGCUCGUUCAAAACUUCGAAGUCGCGCGGGACUAACAGGUGUCUAUUCGUUAUCUUUGCUUAUGCACCGACAAACUGUAGCGAUGACUCGGUAAAAGACGACUUCUAUCGCCAACUGAACGAACUCCUUCGCCACAGAAGAAGCACGGACACUGUAGUGCUGGCUGGGGAUCUGAACGCUCAAGUUGGUUAA